AUGCCGCCGAAGUUCGACCCGUCCCAGGUAGUGGAUGUGUUCGUCCGGGUCACUGGUGGCGAGGUCGGAGCUGCCAGUUCCCUUGCUCCAAAAAUUGGACCCCUCGGCCUGUCCCCCAAAAAAAUCGGUGAGGACAUUGCUAAGGAAACUGCAAAGGAUUGGAAGGGCCUUCGCGUCACAGUUAAGCUCACCGUCCAGAAUCGCCAGGCCAAGGUCACAGUCGUCCCCUCCGCUGCUGCCCUAGUUAUAAAGGCCCUGAAAGAGCCUGAGCGUGAUCGCAAGAAGACAAAGAACAUCAAGCACAACGGGAACAUUUCGCUGGAUGAUGUUAUUGAGAUUGCUAAGGUUAUGAGUCCGAGGUCCAUGGCGAAAGAUCUGUCCGGUACAGUGAAGGAGAUUCUUGGUACGUGUGUCUCCGUUGGGUGUACGGUUGAUGGGAAGGACCCGAAGGAUUUGCAGCAGGAGAUUACCGAUGAGAAAAAUAUAGGUUAUGAUCCGUCUAAGCUUGAUUUCUGCAUUUCUUAUUCACUUUGGACCCUGCUCAAGUUUCCUGGUGUUAGGAGUGAUUUCCCGUUGCAGAAGCAAUGUUUCAAGUACCCUGGUAGCUACCCAUUGCUGCCUCCGCCAACCACGACGGUUCCUCUGCCUGUUGCUGACCAUCACCACACAUCUGCCCAGCCCAGUUGGGUUAACGGGGCAGUACGUGUGUGGGCACACGAUGCAGCCUCCGGCACCCCAUGUGGAGCAACAGAAGUUGCAUUUACUUUCGACGCCACCAUGGCUGGAAGCCCAGCCGCCGACAGUGACCCAGAUCUGACCGGCGUCGUGACAUUAGGGGCAACAACGUCUAGGCGCUGUUGCGAUUUACAGCAGCGCCUCGACGCAGUGAACGACAUGGAGGAGAAGGGAUGGGGAGAGGAGGUGGCGGGCGGUGGAGGCGUUGCUGUGACUCACAGCAGCGCCUCAAUGUUGUGA